GUCACUUCGCAACUUGUAGCAACAGAUCGACCUUCCUGCAGCAACUUCCUCUGAAUAUUAUUUGGUAACACUGUUCCUCGUCUGGAAAGCAACACUCUGUUGUGUCAAGAUGGCCCCGCUCCCUGUGCUCCGGGUGGCGCUCUUGGUGUCAUUCUCAGUGUUCCUCACGGUGGUGCUGGGCUUCGGGCUGCCUGCUCUCCUGAAUGUAGCGAUGAGGAUGUUGGGAUUACCAGAGACCAGUGUGACCGAGUGCAUAGUUGUGCUCUAUUUACUUUUUGUGGUGUAUGUGGCGACGCCUCGCAUUCCCAGGGGCUGCGUGGAGGUGAAGGGGAAAGCUGUGUUUGUCACAGGUUGUGACAGUGGAUUUGGUCAUGAACUUGCCAAACAUCUUCAUAAGCUUGGCUUCACGGUCUUUGCUGGAUGUCUUCUUAAGGAUAAAGGUGGAGAGGGUGCAAAGGAACUGGAAGAAUUUCACUCAGAUCGCAUGAAGGUGGUCCAGCUGGAUGUCUGCAGUGAAGAGCAGGUGAACCAAGCUGCAGAGUAUAUCAAAGACAACCUGGAGGACUCAGAAAGAGGUCUGUGGGCUGUGGUGAACAACGCCGGUGUGUCAACGUUUGGAGAAGUGGAGUUCGCCUCCGUGGACACCUACAAGCAGGUGUCAGAGGUCAACCUGUGGGGCACCAUCAGGGUCACCAAAGCUGUUCUGCCAUUGAUCCGCAGGGCCAAAGGCCGUGUUGUGAACCUGGCCAGCAUGUACGGGAGGAUGGGAAAUGCCUUGCGUUCACCUUACUGCGUAUCUAAAUACGGUGUGGAAGCCUUUUCUGAUUGCCUUCGCUAUGAAAUGAAGACCUGGGGAGUCAAAGUGUCCAUAAUCGAACCGGGGAACUUCAUCGUGGCAACUGGCAUCAUGACCCGAGACACUGUAGCCAGCACGGCCAAUAAGCUGUGGAACGAGGCGCCGUCGCAUGUGAAGGAGGAUUAUGGGAGAGCCCACUUUGAGCACCACAUGGCUUUGAUGCGCUCUUACUGCAGCAGCGGACAGAGGGAUAUUUCCCCUGUUCUGGAUGACAUUACUGAUGCCAUCAUGUCCAAGCGCCCCUACACACGAUACAACCCCAUGGAGCCAUACUGGUGGAUCAGAAUUCAGAUGAUGACCCAUCUGCCUGCCGCAAUAGGCGACUUCUUCUACUUCUAAAAGAGGAGCUGUUCCUGUAGGAGUUUCCUGUGAUUCAUAUAAAAGCAUCUUAUUCAACUCUGUAGCGCUACGCAGAUCAGUAGACUUACCCUGAACAGGGCUCUCUGCUACGUGUUCCUCAGCACUUUAAACCAUUCACUGAUCAAGCCUUAAAACUUAAUGGUUUUUUAAACUGUAAAGAAAUUAUUGCACUUUGCUUUUUGUAUGUUGUACAAGACCCAUAACUUUAUCUAUACAGGUAAAUUCCAUGAUAAGUAGUAACUACUUUGUGUUGAGUAUCAGCAGGGCUAUGACAUACUUGUAGCUAUAUAUACUGCAUCGUUAUUGCUUGCUGUGGUAUUAUCUUAAGGGACAGCUCAGCCCAAAAUCAAAAAUACAUAUGUUUCCACUUAAAUGUAGUGCUAUUUAUCAGUCUAGAUUGUUUUGGUGUGAGUUGCCAAGUGUUGGAGAUACCGGCCGUAGAGAUGUCUGCCAUCUCUGGAAAAUAAUGGAACUAGAUGGCACUUGGCUUGUGGUGCUCAAAGCGCCAGAAAAUACAUUUAAAAACUCAGCUGUAAUGUCUCUUUCCAGAAAUCAUGACCCGGUUACCACAAUGCAAAUAGCUAAUCAGCAACUCAGUGUAUUUACCCAUAUAGACAUGGUUGACGACCUGCUGAAGUUCAAACUGAGCAUCAGAAUGAGGAAGAAAAGUAAUUUAAGUGACUUUGAAUGUGCUGUGGUUGUUGGUGCCAGACGGCCUGGUCUGAGUAUUUCACAAGCUGCUGAUCUACUGGGAUUUUCACACACAACCAUCUCUAGGGUUUACAGAGGAUGGUCCAAAAAGAGGUCAGAGGAGAAUGGCCAGACCGGUCAAGAUGAUAGAAAGGCAACAGUACCUCAAAUAACUAUUCGUCACAAUCAAGGCAGAAGACCAUCUCUGAACCAACAGCACAUGGAACCUUGAAGCAGAUGGGCUACAGCAGCAGAAGACCACACCAGGUGCCACUCCUGUCAGCUAACAACAGGAAACUGAGGCUACAUUUCACACAGGCUCACCAAAACUGGACAAUAGAAGACUGGAAAAACGUUGCUUGGUCUGAUGAGUCUGGAUUUUUUGGCACACUUUGGGCCCCUUAGUACCAACUGAGCAUGGUUUAAACACCACAGCCUACCUGAGUAUUGUUGCUGAUCGUGUCCAUCCCUUUAUGACCACAGUGUACCUAUCUUCUGAUGGCUACUUCCAGCAGGAUAACGCACCAUGUCACAAAGUGCCAGUACCUUGUUGAAUCUAUGCCACCAAGAAUUAAGGAAGUUGUGAUGGCAAAAGGGGUCCAACCUGGUACUAGCAAGGUGUACCUAAUAAAGUGGCCAGUGAGUGUAUUUUCUGUCUAUCAAACUACACCUGCCAGCUGUAUCACUGCACAGAAGGAAGCAUGCAUCUGCUGCUAGCUCACCUAGCACCAAGGAGCUAGCUAAUGUUAGAGCUUAGCCAUGGAAGAAGCCAUUAAUGUUGACAACUUGCGCUGUUACAGGCAUGAGCCGCUCAUCCAUGAGUAGAUGCACUUUUCCUUCUGUGUGGUGAUACAGUUGGCAGGUGUAGUUCAGUAGAAAGAAAAGAAUUCCUACAGAACAAGACAAACUGCUCACAACAAGCUCUGUGGGUUAUCUAGAGUAACCAGGUCAUGGCAGGAGUGUCACCUAGUUCCAUUAUAUUCGAGAGAAGUCAGACAUCCAUAUUGUCGAUAUCUCCAACACUCAGCAACUCACACCAAAACUAUCUAGACUGAUAAACAGCACUACAAGUAAGAGAGGAAAAUAGAGUUUUGAUUUUGGGUUGAACUGCCCCUUUAGAAAAAAGAAAAAGAUUGUGUUUUUCCUCUUCUAUCUUUUACUUUCUCUGAUACUUGUAACGUUUUGCCUUAUGGGAAUCUUCUGGGCCCCCACUGGCAUGAGGACCAAAGCUGUUAGAGCUCAAGAGAAGGCCCCCGCUGUUCUGUUGUGGCGACGCCGGAACAAACCAAGGUCAGCUACUGUAAGGCCGUGUUGAGAUUUGGCUCGACUCAGCCCAAAGUUACGUAACAGCAACACAAGCCCACUUUGUCUCACAUUCGGCCCGAGCCUCUGCGUGCUACUUUUGACAGUGAGGUUGAUUGAUGUGAUUAAUGGGCAUACUGGAAUAAUAAUAAUAAAAAAAAAAAAAGCUUCUCCCCACCACCCCUCUCCCUCCUGAAUGGAAAAGUAUCUGAAUAUUGAAUGAUGUGAAUGAAAAGAGCAUUUUUAUUUUGACAAUAUUACAAUCACAGUAUCAUUUUUCAAGAGUGAUUUGAAAUAAAGUGACCAAAAUGUGA